CAGAGAGAGAGAGAGUGACAGUAAAAAGAAAAGGAAAUCACAGAGACAGUUCCGUAGGAAGAAAAAUCUCAGAAACUACGAGAGAGAGAGAGAGAGAUUAUUCCUUUCUGUUCUUGCCAGUUUGCACGAUUCGGUGAGAUUUCUACCAAAGCAAGCAACUCAAAAAUCGCAAGAUGACGGACAGAGUCUACCCUUCUUCCAAGCCCACCGCCAUUAAUGGCACCACCACAGCCGGUGUUAAUAACACGACAAACCCAGCUGCCGCUGCUGCCCCUGGCAAGCCCCAACUCCGGCAACCUUACCGACGUCCACCCCAGUACCAAAACCACCGACGCCGACGCAGCGGACGUGGCCUGUGCUGCUGCUGCUGCUUCUGGUCGCUCCUUGUACUCCUCGUGGUGACUCUUCUCGUUUCCAUAGCUGGCGUCGCACUCUACGUCAUCUACCACCCCCAGCGGCCCCAGUUCUCGGUCUCAUCCCUCCGCAUUUCCAAGCUCAACCUCACCACCACCGCAGACUCUUCCUCGCAUCUUUCUUCCCUCCUCAACCUCACUAUCUUCUCCAAGAAUCCGAACUCCCAAAUCACCUUCUUCUACGAACCCUUCGCCCUCUCUUGCUUAUCUUCACAGUCAGUCCAAAUCGCCAACGGCUCUAUCCCGGCGUUCGUCAGCGACAAGAAGAACGAGACGACUUUUCGAACAAUCCUGGCGGUGUCGAGAGAUCUGGACACGGAUUCCGUGACGGCUCUGAGGUCGGAUCUGAAGAGGAAAAAUGGCGUCCCCAUGAAGAUUCAGAUGGACACCGAAGUGAAGGUGAAGCUGGGAGGGAUGAAGAGCAACAAGGUGGGUAUUAGGGUAACUUGUCAGGGUAUCAACGGGGUUGCACCGAAAUCCAAGUCCCCGUCGGUGGCUUCUGUUUCUGGCUCCAAAUGCAAGGUCGAUCUACGGAUCAAGAUCUGGAAGUGGACUUUUUAAUAAUUAUCAUUAAAUUUUCUUUCUUUUUGCGGGUUUGCUUUGCUCUUUAUAUUUCUUUUUAAUUUUGUUCUUUUUUUUUUCUUUUUAAUGGGAUUUUUGAUAAGUUUCAAAGAUGAUGAUUGGGCUGACAAUUUGAGGUUGAUAGAAGAUUAUAAAAGGUAUUAAGAUUAGAGUUCUUUUAGUAAAGUUUUCAUUUUUAAUUUUUUAGAAGUUUGAUGCUGUAAGCAAUUCUGGAAUUGUUAUCAACUCCAUCAUAAUUUCAAUUCUUCUUAAUUGGUA